GAUUAUUCAUGCUAGCACUUAUUUUAUGUAUAAAGUACCAGCAUGAUCAAUUUUUACGACCUUCCGUCCAAAGCAGCCUAUGCUCCGGGAACUAUGAUGACCUGGCGCGCUAGGUAUGCCAUAAACCUCAAAAAUCUGCCCUACCAGACUGUCUACGUCGAGCUACCUGAUAUCGAGGCCCUCGCUAAAAGGAUCGGCACCGCCCCCGCCAGCACGAAAUCCGACGGUGUCUCUCCCUUCUACACCAUACCCAUCAUCCAAGAUAAUUCUACGGGCGCUGUCCUCACUUUCGCCGAUGCAGUCAGUGACGCCUUUGACCAUCUCCGGUUACCUCUCUUCUAUUCGGACUUGGUGGUGAAGACGAACGCCCGGACGGCAAUUUAUAUGAGAGAAAAGUUUUCCUCGGUUUCUAGUCUGGAGGCUCCGGAGGACAAAGAGCGGAAGAGGUUGUGGGCGAUUACAAAAGAGAAGCUGGCAAAGAUGAACAAAUGCUUCGAAGAGAGUGAGGGUGACUUUGUUAUGGGGAGUGAACCGUGUUUUGCAGAUACGGUGCUUUGCGGGUUUUUGUGGUUCAUGAGGAGGAUGGUUGGAGAGGAGAGUGAGGAGUGGGAAACCUUUAUUUCUUGGAAUGAGGGAAGGUGGGCAAAGCACUUGGAGAACUUCAGGCCGUACGAAAAGAUUGUGUAGGCAAGGACGUCGCGAACGAAUACCAAUGAGCUGCACUUGCAGAUUCUUUCUAGCGACUACCACGGUGUGAUUUUCUCUCUGAGGGUCGUUGCCAGUUGCCCUUCGAAUCUCAGGUCUAGUUUCAUCCCCCUUAGAAGGGCCGGUGCACCUCGAAACUUCCGUCGCGCACCUCGCUUUCCCUGGUGAUAUGCAUGGCAAGGAAAGCUCAUAUUAGUGUGUCAUAUUCUCAACGAACAUAGUCAAGAACAUGACGAACUCCGACAAAACGGUUUUGCUGUUCAGAUCUGGUGCGAUAUUGUGAAAGCCAUCCUCUUUGUAAUAACUUGCACGCUCUGAGCCUGGAUUGGUCUCGUCUGCAGACAACUAAAACUCCUCGCUUCCGGGAAAUUGACACGAGAAUUUCGGA